ACAAAAUUACCAUAAAAGCAAAAACUGUAAAAAAAUUAUAACUAAUUAGAGUCUGACACAUGUGAUAAGGGUAAAAUUUUGCACUAUCCUUUUUGGUUUGUUUAUUUCUCAGUUCUCAUUGUGGAUUUUAAUUAGGUUUCAACCUACACCAGACAAAAAUGAAGUUAAAGAACCUCUAUGUUCCUAUCUAAUUAGUCAAGUCAUGGAUGGUUUCUUUUUAAAUUAACCACUCAUCACUUUAACAAAUGUCUUUCUUUGGUAAAUCUGUUAAAAACUAUAAUUAACAUAUUGUAUUCAAAUUUUAUACUUAAAAGCAAAUCGAAUAAAUCAUUAUAAUGUAUCAAUCAUAUGCAUGCUGCAUGCAUACGGAAGAGUUGAUUCGAUCCAUUAUUUUCUACUUCAAAGACUAAUUGUUAGCAACAUUCAUAUAAAAUUAUUUGUGACAAAAGACAUUAUGUAUAAUUAGAUCAAAAGUGAUGGACAUUAUGUAGUUCUAAUAUCCAGUCAUUAUUAUGAGUUUAUUUAUUGUUAACAAUUGGAAAAGUUUUAAACCUUCAAGGGUUUUUUUUUUUUUUUUUACUUUUUUUCUGCAUCAUAAAGUUCAGGGGUGAGGGGUGAAGGUUGCAACUUGAAGGUGUUAUUUCACCAAUGAUGGAGUUUUCGUCAUCAUCAAAACGGGCUAAAACUCCGGCUGCCAGCAAUAAUAUUAGUGUUUCGUGUUUAGUCGACGGGUGCAACGCUGACCUUGGUCAAUGCCGGGAGUACCACCGCCGGCACAAAGUAUGUGAACUCCACUCCAAGUCUCCGAAGGUCACAAUUGCAGGGAGGGAACAGCGCUUCUGUCAGCAGUGCAGCAGGUUUCACUCAUUGGCAGAGUUUGACGAAGGAAAACGAAGCUGCCGGAAACGUCUUGAUGGUCAUAACCGGCGACGCCGGAAGCCUCAAUCAGAUUCCAUAUCCAAAACAACGGCAACUUUCCUUUCAAGCCAACCAGGGAUGUCUAGAAUAUUGUCAUUCAACAGCACACAAAUACACUUAAGUUCUGUAGUGGGCUCCGCUAGGACGACAGGAAUCAGACCGGAUAACCACACAAUCGGACCAUUCAACAACCAACCGCCGUUAAACUACCUUACCAGAUCACUACCAACUCCAUCUCCACACAACGGUGUCGGUGGAGACAACCACUUCAACUUUUUCCAACACCGUUCACUGCCGCUACCAGUUUCUUCAAGUCAACUAAAUAGAGGCGCCGGCCACUCUCGUGCUCUCUCUCUUCUGUCAUCAUCACCGCCAGCCCAUCAAACUCCGGCAAUCAUGCCACCAAUUUCCAGUGGUAUCAGUCAGUAUGGUUUUGCACAACUAGAGAUGCAUAAUGAAACAAUGCUUACAGAAUCUAGUGGUACAACUCUUCAGUUUCAAGGCAUGUUUAACGAUGAUCAUGGUGACUCGUCUUCGAGUGGGAUUAAACAACAAACGCUGUCGUUUAGGUGGGACUAGUAGGUGGUUAGUGUGGUAUUUCUAUUUCAAGGAAAUAUUUGUGUGCUUGUAUGUGUGAGGCUUGUAGUAGGAUUUCUCAUGUAAUGUGGAAUUGGUAGACCACUUGGCUCUUCGAAAUAAUGAACGGAGAUAUGAUUUUCUUGUAA